AUGAAUUCUCAGUAUGUUCAAGAACAAAAUACAUACUUAGAUGGAGUUAAACCUAAUCUUGAUAUUAUUCAACAAGAUGUAUUAUCAUUAAAACAAACAGUUGAAGAUUUUAAAUCUAUUUCUUACGAUGGAACAUUUACAUGGAAGAUACCAAAUUUUAGUGAACGAAUGGCGGAUGCACAAACUGAACGUCAAACUUCAAUAUAUUCACCACCAUUCUAUUCAUCUCCAACAGGUUACAAAAUGAGAGCACGUUUAUACUUAUUUGGAGAUGGAAAUGCACGUCGUACACAUAUGUCACUCUUUUUUGUACUCAUGAGAAGUGAAUAUGAUGGCAUUCUUAAAUUUCCAUUUAAUUACAAAGUCACAUUUUGUCUAUUUGAUCAAUCUCCGGCGCAGCGACAUAUCAUUGAUUCAUUUCGACCAGAUAUCAAAUCAAAUAGUUUUCAACGACCACGAUCUGAAAUGAAUAUUGCUAGCGGUAUUCCAAAGUUUUGCUCAUUAAGUGUGAUUCAACAGGAAGGAAAUCCAUAUGUUCGAGAUGAUACUAUAUUCAUUAAAAUAAUGGUUGAUUUUGGUGAUAUCCCGAAACUUCUGUUACCAUUUGCAUUUAAUAUCAAUCCAGGUUUACCAACAAAUGUUCAUCAACGUAUUAUUAAACAAGAAUUAGAACGACGGGCUCAACAAACGCCAACUUCAGCUACAUCUCCGACUGCCACAGGAUUGUUACCAGAAAAUACCGAAUAA